AUGAGUCGAAAGGCAAAUAGUGAAGGGGCUUGGUCUGAAAAUAGCCCGAAUAACCGUGGUGGAGGAAGCAAUUCAGCCCUUUUUCGUGCUUCUACUCCACUAGUUCAGAACCCAAAGUCAUCCGUGAGUGCUCCCCUCGGCAAGGCACAAACUGUGGUACCUGAACGUACUGCUUUUUGUUGUUUUAAGUGCGGAGAAAGUGGACAUCGUAUGGCAGAACUCAAGAAAAGAGAUCAUGAUUUCGAACAUGGUCCGGUUUAUGAUGAUGAACCCAAUGAUGUUGUGAAGGAAUAUGUGACCGAGGAUGAUGGCCCAUUGCUCAUGGUGAGAAAAACUUGUUUUACUCCUCGUGAAACUGAAGGUAGUGAUGGAUGGCUUCGCAAUAAUGUUUUCCAGUCCACUUGUAUUAUUGGUGGCAAGGUAUGCAAGUUGGUAAUUGACCCUGGAAGUUGCGAAAACGUAAUAUCUAAAGAAGCAAUCAGGAAAUUAGGCUUGGAAACACAACCACAUCCCCAACCAUAUAAGCUUUCAUGGCUGCAAAAGGGUACUGAAGUGACUGGGGUUAAGAGGGCUCUUGUUCCUUUCUCCAUUGGAAAACUACAAAGAUAA